AUGCCGGAUUUACGCGCCACUCUGCUAUCCCUCUCCCCAGUGGGCUCUGAUGUUUCGUUGUCAAAACCCCAGCUAGUCGCUUCAGUCAUUCUUUUGAUAGUAUCCCUAUGCUUAGCCGUCAGUAUGCGUAACUUCUACAAGACCACAAAUGAGUUCGUUGUGGAGAGGAAGACAUUCGCCCCUCCUAUGUGCGAUCAGAAAUUUCACUGGAUCAAAGCCGAUUUGACCGACCCCAAGGAAUCUGAACGUGUCAUGGACGAAGUUACCGAGUUCAACGACGGAGUGUAUCCCGAUAUUGUCUGGUGCUGCGUUGGACAGUGUUUGCCUGGGUUCUUCCUCCAUUCUUCUCUUGAGACCUUGAGAGCGCAGAUGGACACCAAUUUUUGGACCUCAGCAUAUACUGCAAGAGCUAUUAUGAAGCGGUGGCUAGCUCCGGCCUCUACUGGUCAAUCUCCGGAACAGCCACCUCGUCGUCAUUUGAUCUUUACUAGCUCCACUGCAUGCUUUGUCCCGGUGGCUGGGUACGCGCCAUACGCGCCAGCAAAAGCAGCCCUACGCGCUCUCGCGGAUGCCUUGACUUCUGAGAUCGAGAUUUAUAAUGGCUCCCGAAGAAACCCGUCCCUCAACGCUCCUGCUGCGGAUGUGAGAACUCAUAUCGUCUUCCCGAUGGGAAUUUUGAGCCCUGGAUUUGUCCAUGAACAGAGAAUGAAGCCUGCCGUGACAAAACACCUUGAAGAGUCUGACAAGCCACAAACACCAGACGAAGUUGCCGCGAUUUCUAUCAGGGGGCUCGAAAGAGGCCAAUACAUGAUUACAACAAUGGCGGUAGGCACGAUCAUGAAAGCAAAUUCAAUGGGGGGUAGUUAUAGGAACAACGCCAUUUUCGACACUUUAGCCACCUGGAUGAGCAGUCUUAUUUUCCUUCAGGUUGUUCCGGACUUGAGAGGGAGGGCCUUUCGAUGGGGCCGAGUAAACGGCAUUCCCAAGAAAGGGGAAGACAAUAGCUUGGCACCUCAACCCGUGAUGGGAGACUGUGUCGACGGGGAGUAAAAGUGAUAGAACUCUGUAGCACUUGCCCUAUGCCUAACAUCCUCUUUUCCUAUUAGACACUAGCACGCCAUUUCCUAUGCAUCAAUAAUAACAAUUCCUUCCUUUUUACUUCUGCCAUUAAUGUUCCUUGUGAAUAAUUAUCUGUUUGUUGCGGAGUUGUGGGAUACGGUCCUCUGCUUUCUCACUUACCUGAGUCACCUCUAUAAAACCAUUCUUCUAGAAAAAAUGCAUAUACAAAAGGGUCAUAUGCAAGGUAGUCAAUUUCAUCACCAUCAGAUGACACCGAGCCCUAAUAUUGAAAAGAAUACUAGUAAGCUUUCUACUCUUUCACUC